CACUAUCUGUGUAUUAUCAACAACAAGAAAACUAUAGAAAGUUAGAACUCCAAACGUUUUGACUAUUAAUGAUCUCUCUAACCGGAAACUACCCGGCAACUCUUUCCCGAUGUGACACUUCAACUGUACAAAUAUUUGUAGUAAUGUACAAAACUACCCUCUCGAGUUUCUGCUCCUAUCUCUAAAACACAAACCCAUAAUCUCAAGUUCGUGUUCUUCUCUUGUUCUGUCUCGCGAUCACGAAAAUGGGUCUAAGCCAAACCGCAACCGUACUUGUAGCUGUAUUCUCCUUGUGUCUAACCGGAGUCACGGCCCAGCUCGCCUACGUUCUAUGGUGGAAACGGCGGUUUCGUCGUCGGAGCAUCGCCGGAGGAUCGGAGCUCGACGUUUUUUCCUCCCGCGGCGGAGACCCGACGGCGACACCACCGCCGUCGAAGGAGCUUCUCUACUUCUUCCUCUUUUGCGUCGAAAAUAAACAGUUCCCGAUAGGAUCCGCCACAGCUCCACCGCUUCCCUCAGCAGAACCGCCGGCUGAUGACGCGGCGUCGAAGUGGUCAACCAGGGGAGAGACUUUACUCUGCGGUCCUUCCGAGACUCUCUUCACCAUCGCUGAAGACUCUACCAGCGAGACUGAUCAUCGGACGGCGGAUAUGGAGCCACGUGGAAGCGUAUCAGUGGACGAUCAUGUGAAAGACGACAAACUGGAAGAGGAUUUCGCCGCGACGGAUAAAAACGACGACGACGGAACAAGUACACCGCCGUUUUCUACUCCGUGUGCUUCGCCGCCGUUUUACACGCCGUCGCCUUCUCCGGUUCGUGAUGAUCUCACUCUCACGAAUGAGCUACGUGAGGAGAGUUUACACGGAUGAGACUAUUGGGGAAAUCCAAAACCUCUGACUAAUCGGGAGUUGACCCGGUCAAAGUGUCAAUCAGGACGAGUUUCGUUUUUAUCCGGUUAGGUUUCGUAUUGGUCUUAAACCGUAAUUUUUUACUACUUUCAUAACCGAACCGAGACCCUAUUGUGAAUUUGUAACAUAUCGAUGAAUGAAUUAGGCUUUGUUUUUUAAUUUUGUUUGGAACCCAACUUUCGGUAAUACUCAAUCAUUUGAUUUACAAAUAA